AUGAGCAAAGCGGAAACGAAAUUUUAUACGGUACAGAAUGAAGAAUUGGAAUAUGUGGUAGUUUCUUCAAAAGAAUGGCAAUUUUUAAAUAAGAUUAAACCAAAAGAAGGAGAAUAUUUCAAAACUCCGUAAGUUUUUGUUAAAUUUAUGUUAUUUUAGGCUUAUAAAAAGUGUGUUUUACGACUAAAAGAUGUUUUGGGUUUAAGAAAAAGUGUUUUAGGCUUAGGAAAGAGGUUAGGCUUGGAAAGGAUACAUUUUAGGCUUAUAAAAAGAGUUUUAGGCUUAUGAAAAGUAACUUAAGGCAUAUGAAAGGUCUUAGGCUUAUAAAAAGAAAUUUUAGGCUUAGAAGAGGUUUUAGGCUUAAAAAGAAGUUGUUAGACCUAGGAGAGGUCUUAGGCUUAAAAAAAUAAAUUUUAGGCUUACAAGGGAAUGUUACAAACUGUCCAUUCGUUUUUUAAAAAUGAAUGGUACUAUGUGAAAGAGCGUAAAAAGUUGACUAGAAAUCAAUUUUCAAAAACUGCCAAAUUCGCCUUACAAGCCCGCUAGCGAGCUUUUUAAAUUUUCCUUAUUAAAAUGGUUUUUUUUACGUCCGCUUUUUUUUGAAUACUUUCGAAGGGAGGAAUCAAGUGUGCUCGAUUGGCCAAGUGGUCAAAGGCGCUGUGAUUGCGCAAUCAUGCGUGUCCGGUUCGAUUGUCUUUUUGGGGUAGUAACUUUCAUUUUUUUUAAAUUUAAAUUGAAGUUAAUUUGCAUUAACAAAAAAAAGUUUUUUUUGUUAAUAAUUGUUCCUUAUAUCUAUUAAAACAUAAAGCAAAAAAAACUAAAGUUUUCGGAAGUAUAAAAAUCCAAAAGAAGGCAUAAUAACGUAUGUAAAAGGUCCAUUUAUUAAUGAUUUUAAAAUCUCGCUAGCGGGCUUGUAAGGCGAAUUUGGCAGUUUUUGAAAAUUGAUUUCUAGUCAACUUUUUACGCUCUUUCACAUAGUACCAUUCAUUUUUAAAAAACGAAUGGACAGUUUGUAACAUUCCCUUGUUAGACAAGACCUUAAGCUUAUAAAGAGUCAUUUUAAGCCUAGGAGAGGUCUUAGGCUUAUAAAAGCGAAUUUUUAGGCUACUACAGGCCGUUACCUAAGCCUAUCUAGUGCUUUAGGCUUAUAAAAGGUAACUUUUAGGCUUGGAGUGUCUUUAGGCUUAUAAAAUUCGCUUUUAGGUCUAUAGAACGUCUUACCUUUAAAAACGUAGGUUUUAGGCUUAAAAACUUAGGUUUCAGGCUUAUAAAUGAUAAUAAGAUUGAUAAUAUGACUGAUAUUCAUUCUUUCAGCAAAGGCAAGAGCAUGAAAGCCGAGAAGGUGGGAACAAAAAAGGAAUGCGAAGAAUAUAAAGAACAGAAUGAACCGAGAUUAAUGCGAAAGAAGAAAUUGAUCGAAGCCGAAAUCCAGACGGUCAUGAACCCAAUUCUGGAUUCAGUUUUUCAAGCCAGAUCUCAACUCAAUUCCAUGAUCAGUACGUUGGGAAAGGUCAAGAAGGAGGUGAAUUUAAAGUUUUUGAAAAUUUGAAGAUUGUUUUUGAUGUGAUUGAGCUUAAAGUGACGUUUUUGGAUUAGAAAUGACAUUUUUUUGCGUUGUUACAUUAAAAAUGGCAUUGGUCAAAAUUUUUCAAAUUUCAGCAAACAGAAGAACUGAACCGAGUCAAAGUGGACCCAAUCAAGGACACCAAGAAGGUAGGAAUAUUAAAUUAAUGAUUUUUAUUUGAUUUUUAAGUUUUUUUUCAAAUUUUUGAGAAAAAAGAUUUUGUUACCUAAAAAAUUUUUUUCUGAUUUUAUUUGGGUUUUUCUAGUUUAAAAAUGGUGAGAAAUGAACUUAAAUGGAUAUUUGAAUAUUAAUUUUGUUUUUUUAAAAAAAAUUUUAUAAUAAUUUUAAGGCAAACAUUUUUUACCUAAAAAAUUUUUUUUUGAAUUUUUGGUAAAUUUUUGUUUAAAAAUAGUCAAAAAUGAAUUAAAAUGGAUGUUUAAAGAGCUUUAUUUUGGUAUUUUUAUAGGAUUUGACAUUAUUUUUGAGCGAAAAAAUUUUGUUACCUAAAAUUUAAAAAAAUUUUUUUUGUUUUUUUGGUUUUAAAACAGUGAAAAAUAAAUUAAAAUGGAUGUUUGAAGAGGAGUUUUGCGUUUUGCAGCUUUUUACGUUACUUUUGGAAAAAAAAAUUGUGACCUAAAAUUUUUUUUCCUAUUUUUUAUUCUUUUUAUCCAGAAUUCUUGCCUUACCCCUACCUUUUCCUCUAUUCUUACUCUACACUACGCUUCCCUUGUUUAUUCUUUUAUUAAAUUCAUCAAUGUCUUUCAGAUCUUCCCCAAAGGCAUCAAACUAGUCCAAAUCGGGUACCCGGACAUGAAACUUCACACGGAAUUGAUCCAAAUCGAGACCACUCAUCGAGGGUAUACUCUCAGCUCCGCCAUCAACUUUGCAUGCCAUCGAAGGAACGUCGAUUUGGACGUGUGGCAGUUGUUGUUUGUUCUAUGUAAAGACUCUUCUGGCCUCUUUUCGGCCGAACUUGGCGCUCCAUUUGAACCCGAAAAUCAUUAUACAGUGCAAAUGAUUCCGGCCAAUCUUACCGUGGUAAGUAAAGAAAGUUCUUGCAAUUUUUUGCUUUGUAAAGAAAAAUCUUGCAAUUUUUUGAUUUGGAAAGAAAGUUCUUGCCAUUUCUUGUAUUGUAAGGAAAGUUAUUGCGUUUUUCUUAUUUUGUAAAUUUUGUAAAGAAAGUUUUUGCAAAAAACCCAAAAAUCCCGUAAAACGUCAUUUCCUAUCAUUGUAAACAAAGUUAUUGCAAAAAGCUUACUUUCUGCACGAACGCCAUUUGUCUUUUUUGCACAGUGCGAAAGCGUGAUCCCGUCCGAUCUGGCAAGUUAAGCAACGGUGCGCUUGAUUAUAAAGAGUUCGAGGAACACUGGGUGGAAACAAAGUUUUUGAGCAUUCUAAAGCAUGUAUGUUAUAAAGUGGCAUUUUUUAUUUUGUAAAGAAAAUUUUUGCCAUUUUUUGUUUUGUAAAGAAAGUUCUUGAUAUUUUAUCUUUUCUAAAGGAAGUUCUUACUGUUUUUUGCUUUGUAAAGAAAGUUUUUGUCAUUUUAAUUCAAAAAAUUUUCUAGAAAUACUUGAACACCCAACUGGAAGUGAUCGACAACGAUUGUCGGUUGUGGAAGAUUUUCGACCAAAAAGGAGAGGAGGGCCAAGGCAUUGGAAGACAAGAUUCAAGACAUUUAUCCAGAUGGCAUUACUCGUCGGUUUUUGUAAACAUUUUGAAGGUUUUUUUGGUAUUCUUGUUGAUAGUUUUGUUAAUAAAUCCGUUUUGGAUGUUGUGGUUGGUUGCAGUGGUAUGUUGUGAUUACAUAUGGUAUUAUUGAGUUGGUGUUUGCUUGUUUUUGGUUAUUGAGUUGGUUUGUUUUUUUUUUUUUUAAGGUUAUUUUAUGGUUUUAAUUUCUUAUUUUUUUUAUUUUUGGUGGUUUUAUGGCCUAAAUUUUCAUUUUUUUGAUAUUAUGUUGUGUAUUUUUUACAUUUAUUAUUAACUUUUUGCUAUUUCAUAUUGAUUUAACGCUUUUAAAAUUAAUUUUCAGGUGA